CCCGGAAGGGGCCAGUCGCGCUUCCGUCUCCGCCGGGGAUGCACGGAGGGCGGAGCUGCGGCCCGCGGACGCGACGCGAGCCCAGUUCCGGCGAGGAGGGGCCAGUGACAGCGAUGGCGGCGGAGUCGGCGCUCCAAGUUGUGGAGAAGCUGCAGGCGCGCCUGGCCGCGAACCCGGACCCUAAGAAGCUUUUGAAAUAUUUGAAGAAGCUCUCCACCUUGCCGAUUACAGUAGACAUUCUUGCGGAGACUGGGGUUGGGAAAACAGUAAAUAGCUUGCGGAAACAUGAGCAUGUGGGAAACUUUGCCAGAGACCUAGUGGCUCAGUGGAAGAAGCUGGUUCCAGUGGAACGAAACACUGAGCCUGAUGAACAAGACUUUGAGAAGAACAACUCGCGAAAGCGCCGUCGGGAUGCUCUUCAGAAGGAGGAAGAGAUGGAGGUGGACUACCAAGAGAACUGGAAAGCCUCUGGUAGCCGAUCCUAUAGCCCUAGCCCUGAGCACAGACAGAAAAAACACAGAAAAGUCUCAGAGCUCGAGAGACCUCACAAAGUGUCUCAGAGUCAUGAGAGGAGAGACGAGCGAAAGAGGUGUCACAGGGUGUCACCAGCUUAUUCCUCAGACCAUGAAUCUUCUGAUUACGGUCACGUUCAGUCCCCUCCAUCUCAUACCAGUCCUCGCCAGAUGUAUGUGGACCAUUACAGGUUCCCAGAGGAGGAUCCUGAGCCCAUUGUUUCACACCAGAAGCCUGGAAAAGGCCACAGUAAUGCCUUUCAGGACAGACUGGGAGUCAGUCAAGAACGACACCUGGGUGAACCCCAGGGAAAAGGGGUUAUGAAUCAAAACAAGGAGCACAAAUCUUCCCACAAGGAAAAGCGCCUCAUGGAUGCCAAGGGUGAUGAGAGGUCUUCUGCUUUGAGCAGAGAGAAAUCACACAAGGCCCUCUCCAAAGAGGAAAACCGAAGGCCGCCCUCAGGGGAUAGCACAAAGGAGAAGCUGCCCUCAGGUGGUGUGAAGAAAGAGAAGGAAAGAGAGGGCAGCAGCAUCAAGAAGAAGUGUUUGCCUCCUUUGGAGACUGCUUCAGACAACCACCUUAAAAAGCCAAAGCACAGAGACUCGGAGAAAACCAAAUCAGACAAAAACAAGCAAAGUCUGGACAGCUUAGACAUAGGAAAAGGAGACCUGUUGCCCAAGGUAAAAGAGAAGGUCUCUAACAACGUAAAGACUCAAGAGGGGAAAGUAAAAACUUCUAAUUUGGAUAGAAAGUCACUGGGCUCCUUCCCCAAAGGUGAGGAUGCAGAUAUGGAGGACGAGUUCGAGCAGCCCACCAUGUCUUUUGAAUCCUACCUCAGCUAUGACCAGCCCCGGAAGAAAAAGAAAAAAGUGGUGAAAACUUCAGCCUCAGCACUUGGAGCAAAAGGACUUAAAAAAAGUGAUUCUAAAAGCACUAGUAAAAAGUUGGACUCAGUUCAGAAAUUACCUAAGGUGAACGAGAACAAGUCCGAGAAGCUGCAGCUGGCUGGAGCCGAUUCAGCCAAGCUGAAAAAGGUCCCUGAUGUGUUGCCAGUGUUGCCAGACCUCCCGCUACCCAUGGCCAAUUACCGUCCACUGCCUUCCCUUGAGUUGAUGUCCUCCUUCCAACCAAAGCGAAAAGCAUUCUCUUCACCCCUGGAAGAAGAAGAAGCUGGAUUCACUGGACGCAGAAUGAAUUCCAAAAUGCAGGUGUAUUCUGGUUCCAAGUGUGCCUAUCUCCCCAAAAUGAUGACCUUGCACCAGCAGUGCAUCCGGGUACUUAAAAACAACAUCGAUUCAAUCUUUGAAGUGGGAGGAGUCCCAUAUUCUGUUCUUGAACCUGUUUUGGAAAGGUGUACACCUGAUCAGCUAUAUCGUAUAGAGGAAUACAAUCAUGUGUUAAUUGAAGAAACAGAUCAAUUAUGGAAAAUUCAUUGUCACCGAGACUUUAAGGAAGAAAGACCAGAAGAGUAUGAGUCCUGGCGGGAGAUGUACCUGCGGCUUCAGGAUGCCCGAGAGCAGCGGCUACGACUGCUAACAAAGAACAUCCAAUCUGCACAUGCCAAUAAGCCCAAAGGCCGACAAGCAAAGAUGGCCUUUGUCAACUCUGUGGCCAAGCCGCCCCGUGAUGUCCGGAGAAGGCAGGAGAAGUUUGGAACAGGAGGAGCGGCUGUCCCGGAGAGAGUCAAGAUUAAGCCAGCCCCGUACCCCACAGGAAACAGCCAUGCUCUAGCCAGCACUGGCAGCAGCAACAGCUUUAACCCCAGCCCGGAGGAGCCAGCCUACGACGGCCCGAGCACCAGCAGCGCCCACUUGGCGCCGGUGGUCAGCAGCACUGUUUCCUAUGAUCCCAGGAAACCCACUGUGAAGAAAAUUGCCCCGAUGAUGGCCAAGACGAUUAAAGCUUUCAAGAACAGAUUCUCCCGACGAUAAACUGAGGACUUGCCUUGGAUGGAAUCUAGGGGGCAGGAAUACAAGGACAAAUGGGGAUUGGGGAAUGGAACUUCCAAGGGAGACCGGAAUCUUUUGCUUUGAGGAACCUCUUGGUCUCCGCGUCCUGCAGGCUGCAGGCGCUGCCCCGGGAGCCUGCGUGCUGCAGGCCCUGCCUCGUUGCUCGGAGCACACUUCAGAAUUCUGGAGAAGAUGUGAAGCCUCAGGCUCACUGAGGAUUUUAAGGUCAAUUAUACUUUUGUUGUUCAUUAGCAUCUUUGUAAACUAUAAGACAUAGUUUUAAUUAAUAAAUAUUGCCCCCAGAUUGUAUUUAUAUUA